GGCCAGCCGGCGCCAUUUUGAAAGUGGAGUCGCCUGCCCUGCCGCUGCCGCCGCCGUCGCUGUCGUAGCCGCCGCCGCCGCCGCCGCCGCCGCUGGAGAAGGAGCAAGAGUGGGGAAGCCCCUGAGUGAAAUCCACCAUCCCGCCGCCUGGUCUGCCCGCCCCUCCUUCCUUCUCCCCCGACCCCUGCCCCCUCCCCCCACAGGUGCCAUCCGCCGCCAUCCGCCCUCUCUACCCCCCCAUCCCCAGGUGAGGGGGGUGAGUUCAGGAAGCGGAGACCCCGAGGAACCCAGCCGGGUCACCAUUUGCAGCGCAACAUGGCAGGAGCUGGAGGAGGGAAUGAUAUUCAGUGGUGUUUUUCUCAGGUGAAAGGAGCAGUAGAUGAUGAUGUAGCAGAAGCAGAUAUAAUUUCUACAGUAGAAUUUAAUCAUUCUGGAGAGUUACUAGCAACCGGAGAUAAAGGUGGUAGAGUUGUCAUCUUUCAGCAGGAGCAGGAGAACAAAAUCCAGUCUCAUAGCAGAGGAGAAUAUAAUGUUUACAGCACCUUUCAGAGCCAUGAACCAGAGUUUGACUACUUGAAAAGUUUAGAAAUAGAAGAAAAGAUCAACAAAAUUAGGUGGUUGCCCCAGAAAAAUGCUGCUCAGUUUUUAUUGUCUACCAACGAUAAAACAAUAAAGUUAUGGAAAAUCAGUGAAAGGGACAAAAGACCGGAAGGGUAUAACUUGAAAGAGGAAGAUGGAAGGUAUAGAGAUCCUACUACAGUCACUACACUACGUGUGCCAGUCUUUCGGCCCAUGGAUCUAAUGGUUGAGGCCAGUCCACGAAGAAUAUUUGCCAAUGCUCAUACAUAUCACAUCAACUCAAUUUCUAUUAAUAGUGAUUAUGAAACAUAUUUAUCUGCAGAUGAUUUGCGGAUUAAUCUUUGGCAUCUGGAAAUAACAGACAGGAGUUUUAAUAUUGUGGAUAUCAAGCCUGCCAAUAUGGAAGAGCUGACAGAGGUGAUUACAGCUGCAGAAUUCCAUCCAAACAGCUGUAACACAUUUGUAUACAGCAGCAGUAAAGGAACAAUUCGGUUAUGUGACAUGAGGGCAUCCGCCCUCUGUGAUAGGCAUUCUAAACUGUUUGAAGAACCUGAAGAUCCCAGUAACAGGUCUUUUUUUUCUGAAAUCAUCUCUUCAAUUUCUGAUGUAAAAUUCAGCCAUAGUGGUCGAUAUAUGAUGACUAGAGACUAUUUGUCAGUCAAAAUUUGGGACUUAAAUAUGGAAAACAGGCCUGUGGAAACAUACCAGGUGCAUGAAUACCUCAGAAGUAAACUUUGUUCACUGUAUGAAAAUGACUGCAUAUUUGACAAAUUUGAAUGUUGUUGGAAUGGAUCUGACAGUGUUGUCAUGACUGGAUCUUACAAUAAUUUCUUCAGAAUGUUUGACCGGAACACAAAGCGAGACAUAACCCUGGAAGCAUCACGAGAAAACAAUAAACCUCGCACGGUUCUGAAGCCACGCAAAGUGUGUGCAAGUGGCAAGCGAAAGAAAGAUGAAAUCAGUGUUGACAGCCUAGACUUCAACAAGAAAAUACUGCACACAGCCUGGCACCCCAAGGAAAAUAUCAUUGCUGUAGCUACUACAAACAAUCUGUAUAUAUUUCAAGACAAAGUGAAUUAGGGUUGGCCUUCCUAGCAGAAGAACCCACUUCCUGCUUAGUUGAGAUAGUUGAAUCUAGCAUUCGUACUUAAAAAAGAGAGAGGUCCAUUGUGGCGCCCCUUUUCCAGUGUUUGACAAUGUGCCAUUCGACAACACAUUUUCCAUAGCUACAUGGAGAAAGCUCUGUGGAUCCCUCCCUGUGGUGUUCUCCAUGUCUGCUAGCCAUUUAGGUAAGGGUAGGGCACUUUUAAUUUAAAUGACUUCUUGCACCAUCUUGCCUAAUGGACUAGAUUGGACUGUGUCAACAUUGAUUUACUCCACUUUUUAUGCCUUCCAUUGUGAUGACGUCAAACACAGUGAAAGCCUUCAGUCAUGCUUAUGGGAUUUAAUUGUGUAUCCUCAUUACUGUAUCAUUUGUGGGGUACACCCCUCCUCCCCUUUUUUAAAUUAAAUACAGCUCAUUCUUACUGUGGCUUGUAGCAUUCCUCCUCUCUGGCCUCCUGGACUCUUCCCCUUCAUCUCUCUUCCCCUUGCCCCUCCACCCAGUCUUGGUGGUGGUAUAAAAAGGAAAGAACGAAAGCACACAAACGAGUCAGUUUGGGGUCAGUGGUAAAGGGGGUACAUGUUGCGAACAAAUGUUUUAAUAACAGUUGGCUGUAAUCACUCCUUGCCGUGUCUGGCACUGAAAAUAAGGAAAAAAAAAAUACUACUACUGAAUAAAAGUGACAAAGAAUGGAGAA